AUUACCCAUCAUCUGCAGAACAACCCACACACUUCAGCCUGGGAGGGAUUAUAUAUAAUUAGUUAAUUAGUGAAAAUAAGCGUAGGUUGAAAGAACUUUUUUACUCCGGAUUUGAUACGGUUUUGAAGGCGUAGGCGAAGCAUCACAGAUUUUAACUCAAAAAUUAAUAUUCGACAAAAGGUGUAGUAGAUAAGAUUUUGUUCGGGCUGCCUCCUGAAGACAAGAUGGUAAAACUUAUAAAUCCUCAUAAAAUAGCUAUGGAGAAGUUGAACGGCGUCAGCUCAGUGGUUUUAGAGGGUUCGUUUAUUAAAUCUCCACCAGAACACAAACUGGAGAACAGAAGCUCGUGGCAUAAUAGAUAUUUUGCCUUAGUUCGAUUAACUUGCCACGUAAACAAAAUUCACAGCCCAACAAGAAAGGGACCAAAAAAAUUAGAAGGACUGAAAGACUUUUAUUUGGUAUACUGGGAGAAAAAAUCUGAUCGUAAAAAUGGACGGCGACCGAUAAGACUGUUCCCGAUUUUAAGCGGUGACAGAGUUAAAAAGCAGGUCCAUCCGAUUUGGAGUCAAGAUUAUCCCCACGUCUUGGCUGUUCAUACGAAAAAAAGAACAUUCUAUCUAUGUGCAGAGUCUGAGAGACAACAAAAACUUUGGUAUGACGUCAUGAAUCAAAUUUUACUCGCUGAUUACACUACAGAAUUUGAGAAAAGUCAAUUGCUAAAGAACGAUCCUAUGUACGAGACGCUACGUGAUUGUGUACUGGAUUAUCACAAUGAUGACGACACAAGCUCUUCCUCCUCAACUGAUAGUGCAAGCGUGACUCGUGUAACUCCUUCACCAUCCGUUCAGUUCAGGCCUAGAGUACACACAACCAAUAAUGCAACAUCAAGACCAAUACUACGUUUCAAACCCCGUUCUGAAUCACUACAAGAGCCUAAAAAUAGUAGCAAAAACGACUACGAAGUUAUGACAGCUGCCAGGCCGAGCUCAGCAGACGAAUACCUUUUUCAUGAAAAACAAGCUGUUCCGCACAAUGUUGCAAAACCCACUGGCAUUGACUUCAAACGCAUUAAUUUUCAUGAUCUGUUUAUCGAUGUUCCGAUGGAUGCGAACGUCAAUAUCACGAGGGACAAGCUACAAGUGAAAACAAAAAAAGGAGAAGUGGUGAUCACUAGUGAGAGCGUUACAAAUAAAACUUUUUAAAGUUCACAAUACUGACAAAGAAAAAGAACUUGUUGAUGUAAUGAGCAUAUAGACGUACAUUACAGAUCCAUUAAUUUAACAAGAACAACUAUCCAUAUAAACUUUAAUCUUAUAUACAAAAGCUGUGCUUUACCUUCUAAUGUACAUAAUAUAACAUUGUUGAAGCUGGUCUUCUUUAUAAAAAAUAUAAUAAUCCUAAUGUAUUUUUUUUCUUGGGUAUAUUUUAUGCAAGACUUUAGUUCAAAAAAGGUUC